AAGGGCGAGCUGGUGAACGGGAAGGAAGAAGUUGGGGCUGGAAAACCGCUGGGUAAAUAACGAAAAAAAAUCUCACCCACGUCAUGUAACGUUACUCAAAUCGUCCAGAAGGUCUGGGCAGGCUCAUCAGGCAAGCAGCAGCCGAGUGUGCAGAGGUGUUCCUUGGGUUCGGUGCAUCGGACGCUCCAGAUGUCUCGCAGAAUCACGGUGCUGGUGAUCGGCGCCGGGAACCGGGGGAAGAAUUAUUCUGCCUACGCCUUGCACUACCCUGAACGCAUGAAGGUGAUCGGCGUGGCCGAGCCCCGAGAACUGGCCCAGAAAAAAUUCCAAGAUGCCCACAAAAUCCGAGAGGAGAAUGUCUUUGACGAUUGGGUUGCCGCAGCAGAACGAGAAAAGUUUGCGGAUGCUGUCAUCAUCACAACUCCGGACAGACUCCAUAAGGCACCAGCGGUGGCUUUUGCGCAAAAAGGAUAUCACAUAUUGCUGGAGAAACCCAUGGCAGUAACCGCAGAGGAUUGUAAAGAGGUUGUUCAGGCGUGUGAGAGCAACAACAUUAUCCUUGCCGUCUGCCACGUCCUACGGUACCAUCCGGUCACCCUGAAGAUAAAGGAACUGCUCGAUGCUGGCUUAAUUGGGGACAUCUGCCACAUUCAACAUCUGGAGCCUAUAGGAUUCUGGCAUUUUGCCCAUUCCUUUGUCCGGGGCAACUGGAGGAACGAAGCUGAAAGUUCUUUCUCUUUGCUGGCCAAAUCCUGCCAUGAUAUCGACCUUAUCAAUUUUUGGAUGGGGAGUAAAAGAUGUGUACAGGUUUCCUCUUUUGGCAGUCUGUCCCAUUUCACAAAAGAGCACAAGCCCAAAGGCGCUGGCAGACGCUGCUUAGAUUGCUCCAUUGAACCAAACUGCCCGUAUUCUGCUCGGAAGAUCUAUCUGGAGCGAGCGGAACAGGGCUCUUUUAACUGGCCAGUGUCGGUGGUCUGCAGCAACGGUGGGCCCGACAUAGAAACCCUGAUGGAAGCCUUGCACUUUGGCCCGUACGGAAGGUGUGUUUACGAUUGUGACAAUGAUGUUGUUAGCAACCAGGUGGUCAAUCUGGAAUUUGAAGGCGGGGCGACUGCGGCGUUCACGAUGGUGGCUUUUACGGAAAAACUGGGGGUGAGAACGACGACCAUCUAUGGAACAAAGGAGAAUGACCCAUCCCGAAUUCCAACCAGCGCAGAAGAGACCCUCCUCUCUCACCUCCUGGUGUUUGCAGCUGAGAAAGCUAGAAGAGAAAACCAGGUGGUGGUUGUAGAAACUGGAAGAGAAAACUCGUGUGUGCGGCCAGCCCUGUUCCAGCCAGAGAAUGGACUGCAGUGA